AUGCUAAAUGCCGGAGAAACUGAAGGUGACCUUCACGUGAACUUCAAGCAACUAUUCCAGGUCAAACUAAUAACACCAUCUUAUGUCAUUACAGCAAAAAGUGAACCUGCAACGGUCGGCGUAAAAAUAAGGCAUACGUCCGCGCCAGAGCAUACAUCCGCGCCAGAGCAUACAUCCACGCCAAAGCAUACAUCCGCGCCAGAGGAUACAUCCGCGCCAAAGAAUACAUCCGCGCCAAAGAAUACAUCCGCGCCAGGGCAUACAUCCGCGGAAUAUACACCAGGACAUACAUUCGCGCCAGGAUAUACAUCCAUGGCAUCCGCGCCAGGACAUACAUCCACGGCAUCCGCGCCGCCUGCACCAGGAUAUACACCUGCUCCGCCUGAACCAGGAUAUACACCUGCUCCGCUUGAACCAGGAUAUACACUCGCGCCGCCUGAUACUUCCGCGCCGCUUGUACCAGGAUAUACACCCAUACUGCCUGCACCAGGAUAUAUAUCCGCGCCGCCUGCAGCAGACUAUACUUCCGCGCCGCCAACACUAUAA